AACAAUUCGACCAGUCCAGACGCUAUACUCUUUUUGCCAACGACGACGACGUCCAUGUUCUGACCUUGUCGACUCUUGCUCCUGUGCUCAGAAGGCCAGGUCAGCCCUGUACACCCCCAAUCUUUCCCAGUAUUUCUCUGCCUUUGCUUUCGUGCUGUUCCUAUCUUUUAUCCGUCAUUCAUCUUCCAUGUCGUCCGCUAUAUCGCGCCAUGACCAGGCUUCACGAAGUUGGUGGUCCUCAAAACACGCCAAGUACCCUGCCCAACCCAAGGAUAUGCCCCAGGAUUAUACUCCAGGAAGCUCGACGUCUUCCACCAAAUCUUCUAGUAGCAAGUUCAAUUCUCUGACUUCUGUUUUCAAGUCCAAGAAGCAUCCUUCCCUGGCAAUACAGGACCCUCCUUUGCCUCCCACCCGACCCGUUCUCUCUGCUGUCUCACCGUCGGAUGUGGGACGAUCAAAGUCUCAGAACGUUCAGUACACUCGACCCCCGUCCAAAUCUGUUUCAUCCACCCUCUCACAGGCAGAAUCAUCAGAGCCCCGUACUCCAGUCGACAGCAAUCGCGAAAUGCACCAUCAGUCAUUACUGACCCUGUCGGACACCGAUCCUUUUGCCUCCCAUGGUAUAUUCAUACCCCACUCUCCUGUAGACCCGAACCGUCUCUCGGUUUACUCAAAUUCCUCCAUCACAGAAUACUCCAAACGGAGUGACGCAGUGAUUAACCGUGGAUCUUACGCUUCGUCCUCAUCUCAGUCGAACUAUUACGGUGAUUCACCGUCGUUUAGUCCGACUUCCCGUACGGCGUCGUCGCCAGAUAUACCCGCUCGGCGAAAACUUACGUCCAAGUACAUUUCACGCGUCCUUCUCUCACUUCAUUUCGUGCUCAUCCUUUUGCGUAGGAAAUCGGGAGGUGAUUUGCGCCGUAAUGGGUCGAUGCAUUCUUCUGUGGUUUCUGCGGAAGUCACCCGGAAUGUCAGGGAUGCAGCAUGGGAAACGCACCCAUCUUCCAAAAUUCCAAUCAUCAAGAACUCGUCAUCAGUCACUCUAACAGAUAAAAAUCGAUUGAGCCAACCUGACACUUCACAUGUAACACGCCCAUCGCUUCGCGCUCGAGGCCUGACGGAAAGCGGCGGCAUUCAUCCACCAAACUUUCUUUUUCGGGACUCUGUGAAGUCUCCGGAUAGAGAUUCAACUUCUUUCCCCCGCGUUAUCGUACGUCAGGCGUCCAUUCAACGAAUGGGCUUGCCGCCAAGUGCACCUCCUACACAACGACUUCCUCUUCCUCCUUCCUUCUCCGUGCCUAUAGUCGAUGACGACGCAGAUAUAAUACUAUCGCCUGACAUAUCGGGAGGUUCCGCAUCUUCUUCUUUCACUUCUUCGAUGAGGGAACCGUACAUGGCCAACCAACAUUACAUUCCGCGGGAGGAUAGAGCGCAAAGGGAUACAUCUCCCGAACUCGAGAAGUCCCCAUUGUCUUCUCCUAAAGCAAGUCGUACCCUCAAAAAGUCAAUAUCUCAUCAGUCCCUGACGAAGAGGGGGAGCUCCAGUGGGUCACCAGCUCCGCCCACUAUUGGGGUUGACCCUGUUGUUGAGAAGGCACCACGGAAACAGAGAUCAUUCCAUCAUACUCGCCUUCCCAUGAUACCUCCCCUCCCUCUUCCGCUGCGUCACAGUAGCAACUCAGUUGCUACUUCUGCAGUUCCUUUAAACACUGCAGGGGAUGCUACUUCCAUAUUGGAUAAGCGUGGAAGUUCGAGCGGAGGGUCCGCCAGUGGUGGGAGAAAACGGCUAUUUUCGGGGUCACACUUUGGGAGGCAUUCAACGUCGCAGGGACCCUCGUCCGAAGAAGAUAAACGAUCGGUUUUCAGUCUUCCUGUCGAGUCUGCCUGUGCCGGUGGCAGUAGUUUGUUGUCACAGGCGACUUUGUCUCCAUCGUCCUCUUUUUGGGACGAGAGCACCCCGGACAUUCCCAGUAGUCCGAGGCCUGAAUACGUCCCUCAGUCGAUAUUGUCACCAGCUGAGCUCCUCGAAGUAGAGGCCAAUAUCCAGGAUGCGCUCAAUUUCCGUAAACAGUCGCGAGAGCACGGCUAUUCCGUGGUAUCUUCUUCUACUGCUGCAGAUGACGACUACGGUUCCAUCCCGGAAGGCCUUGCGGCGCCGUUCUCUCUUGACACUGGUCCAAAUCUAGGCAUAUCCCUUCCAUCUCUACAUUCGCGCUCAUCGAUGCAGCCCACACUUCCUUCAUCCAUAACUUCGAAUUCCUUUUUCUCAUAUCCUUUACCAUCUGAUCCGCCUCACAGCCUCCCUCCCCCACCUCGCCGCUCUCGCCCUAAAACUUCUCCCGCUCAUAAUGACAAUGGAAUCAAACCUUUAUCUCCCCCUCCACGUACGAAGGUGCGCAGGAAAGUAUCGGUCGAGGGCAAUCUCCGGCCGAAUUUGAUGAUGAGGAAACCAUCCUUCUUGGAUAUAGAUGAUGGGUUCGAUCACCACCGUGUCAAGCAGCAGGACCCUCCAUCAAAGGUGAAUGUUAAGGAACAAAUACAUGAUAGCUUCCUUGAUCUCGCGCGAGAGUCAUUUGACGGCUCGCGUAGUGAUGACCCAUAG